AUGUCUCGAACCUCGCCCGACUCUGAUAACAAGUUCACGUCGAGGGACGCGUCUCUCGACAAGAUGAAGCUGGAAGGGGCCACGUCCCACGUCGAACAGAGCGACCCGAGCAGCAACCGCGAGUUUGACGACUCCAUCGAGGACACCGAGCCUUCUAGGGCCGUGUGGCUCAUCACCUUCACCGUGGCAAUGGGCGGGUUCUUGUUCGGCUACGACACGGGCGUCAUCUCGGCAGUCCUGGUCAGCCUGAAAGACGACCUGGGCCACGAGCUCGACUCCCACGAGCAGGAGCUCAUCACGUCCAUCACCUCGGGCGGCGCGCUGCUCGGUGCGCUGAUCGCUGGCUUGCCCGCCGACAGAUACGGGCGGAAGCUGGGAAUCUACCUCGGGUGCCUGCUCUUCCUCAUCGGCACCAUCAUCCAGGCGGCGGCCUUCUCCGUCGCCCAGAUGACCGUCGGGCGCCUCGUUGUCGGCCUGGGAGUCGGUUCCGCCGCCAUGAUUAUCCCCCUAUACAUCGGAGAACUCGCCCCGGCCAAGCACCGCGGCCGCAUGAUCGCGUUCGACAACAUGAGCGUCACUUUUGGCCAGCUCGUCUCGUACGCCCUGGGCGCCGGCUUCACCGAGGUCCCCCACGGAUGGCGCUACAUGGUCGCCGUCGGCGGCGUGCCCCCCAUCGUCCUCGCGUUCCUCCUGCCCAAGUGCCCCGAGUCCCCGCGGCAGCUCAUCUCCCACGGCAAGCUCGAGGAGGCCGCGCGCGUCAUCAAGAGGGUGUACCCGCACGCCACCGAGGAGCAGGUCGCCGCCAAGGUAGGCCACAUGGCGUACACCGUCGAGGUCGAAGCACAGGUCACCUCGGGAUCGCUGUGGGAUCGCUUCAAGGAGCUGCACGUCGUGCCGUCCAACUUCCGGGCUCUGGUCUGCGCCUGCGCCAUCAUGGCUAUCUCCCAACUGGGCGGCUUCAACACGUUGAUGUACUACUCGGCGACCCUAUUUGGUCUCGUCGGCUUCAACAAGCCCGUUGCCGUCUCCAUCGUCGUCGGCGCAACCAACUUUGUCUUCUCGCUCGUCAACCUGUUCGUCAUCGACAGGGUUGGUAGGAGACGGAUCCUCCUUAUUACUGUUGCCGGAAUGGUGAGCCCAGUUCCCCCAGUUCCCUCAGUUCUCAUCCACAACUCCACGGUUCAACUGCUAACAACGCCCGUCUUCGACCAGUCCGCCAGCAUGGUCGUUGCCGCCGUCGCGUUCCACUGGAUCCCCGUAUCCCCAGACCUCAAGCUCCAGACGGCCUCGGUGAACUGGGCCGGCAUCCUCGUGCUCGUCACCAUCAUCGUGUACGUCGCCUGCUUCGCCGGCGGUGUCGCCACCAUCGCGUGGGUCGGCACGGAGCUCCUCCCGCUCGAGGUCCGCGCCCUCGGCACCAUGAUGAACACCGUCGUCUGCUGGGGCUGCAACAUCAUCAUCGCCUCGACCUUCCUGUCCAUGAUGAAGGGCAUGACGCCGAGCGGCGCCUUCGGCUUCUACGCGGGCAUCUGCUUCUUCGGCUGGAUCUUCUGCAUCUUCUGCUAUCCCGAGGCCAACGGUCUCCCGCUCGAGGACGUGAGGCAGAUUUUCGCCACCGGUUUCGGCGUCAAGAAGGCGAAUGAGCUGCAGAGGCUCCGAAAGAUGACAGGAGGCUCGGCGUAG